AUGAAGAUACUAUUGUUGAUCGCAACAGCCCUGCCAUUCAUUACUUGCCAAGAUAUUCCAGGCGGAAAGCAUGCAUUGAAUGUAAGCCUGACAGAUCCCAAUGUCGUGCUUGCGCUGAAUGCUGUUAAUGAGCUGUACAAAACCAAUGGUGACCAGAGACUUAGAACUGGUGUAGAAGUUGUCUCAGCCACUUCACAGAUUGUUGCUGGUGUGAAAUACACAUACACAAUCAAAGUCUCAGGUGGUGAUGCGAAUGAGCUGUGCACUGUUUCUAUCUUGCGCCAGCCAUGGAUUUCUGACAAACCCGCACUGCUAGGAGAACCUACAUGUGUUCCAGAGAAGGCUGGAGCUGCCCCACCUGCUGCUUUGGUUGGAGGUCAGGUGGAUGUUAGUUUUUCUGAUCCAGAUGUACAGAAAGCUGUCCAAUUUCUGGAGAGCAAAAUUAAUGCCAAAUCCAACGGUUUGUACUAUCUCAAGGCCACUGGCGCUAGCAAGGUCACAAAACAGGUGGUAAAUGGAAUCAUUUACAGAUUCUAUGCCGUUACCUAUGCUGAAAGUCAGUGCACGCAAAAUGAUGUGAAAACAGGAGACCAACAAACUGUGUGCUGUGGAUGCCAAUGCUCCAGUGCGAGAACUGUGCUCAGAUGA